AUGGAGUACACUACCCGAGGAGUCUGUGGGCAGGAAGGGUGCCGUGAAACUCGGUAUUAUCUCGAUAAUGGGCUCUGGUUCUGCCGCCGGGGUCAUCAGCAAGAGGUGUAUCAGUUGAUCCUCUGGAAGCAGUGCCAUGCCCUGGUGCAAAGCCGAGGUUUUCCGCCGCAACUCGAGGAUUCUUCCGACGGUGGUGAGAUAGAGUUCUUCAGCUCACAGCCCACCGCGGACCAGGAGGAGCCAGAUAUCGUCAAGUUUGGAGGGAAGCACCUGCAAUGGCCUCGACUCGUGGACUCCGUCGGCCUCUGCUACUUAGGGGCUUUAUUAAUGCGCCUUCCGGUCGGUAUUGGGGACUUUCACCGGUAA